CAGGCAACGGGGUCUCACUCUUGACUUCACAUUUUUCCAAGCUGCACUCAUAAUUUUGGGGAGGCUGCAGUGAGCUCAGGCACUUCACACAAAAGAUUCCACAGUAUGGCAUCUAAUUGUUCAGGAUGUGGACCUGGCUACAAGAGUCCACUGGAUGCCAUGAACGGGCCGCGAGAGGAGAUUGUUUAUCUGCCCUGUAUUUACCGGAAUACCGAAAUAGACAAACCUGAUUAUCUCGCCACCGUGGAUGUCAACCCCAAUUCCCCCAAAUACUGCCAGGUGAUCCACAGAUUGCCUAUGCCGAAUUUGAAGGAUGAACUCCACCACUCCGGCUGGAAUGCUUGCAGCAGCUGCUAUGACGACGCCUCUAAAAAACGAAACCGUCUCAUCCUGCCCUCUCUUAUUUCCUCCCGUAUUUACAUCGUGGAUGUGGGCACUGACCCGCGUGCUCCACGUCUUUACAAGACAGUGGAGCCUCUGGAGCUCCACUGGAAGUGUGGCCUGGCCAACCCUCACACCACGCACUGCCUGGGAAGCGGUCAGAUCAUGAUCAGCACCAUGGGGGAUCCUGAGGGCAACGGCAAAGGUGGCUUUGCUCUGUUAGACGGUGAGACAUUUGAAAUGAUUGGUAACUGGGAACAGCCGGGAGAGGCGGCACCUUUUGGUUACGACUUCUGGUAUCAGCCGCGUCACAACGUCAUGAUAAGCACCGAGUGGGGAGCCCCAAAAGCCCUUGGAUUUGGUUUCAAGCCCGAGGACGUAAAAGCUGGUCACUAUGGGCAGUGUAUCCACGUGUGGGAUUGGACCACUCAUAAACGGAUCCAGACCAUUGACCUCGGAGAGGAGGGCGCAAUUCCUCUUGAGGUCCGCUUCCUGCAUGACCCGAGUGCAGCCGAGGGCUACGUUGGCUGUGCACUCCAAGGCACCGUUUUCCGCUUCUACAAGACAGAGAAAGGGAACUGGGCAGCAGAGAGGGUGAUCAAGGUCCCAAAUAAAAAAGUGGAGGGUUGGGUCCUGCCGGAGAUGCCGAGUCUGAUCACAGAUAUCCUUAUCUCAUUGGAUGACCGCUUCCUGUACUUCAGCAAUUGGUUACAUGGUGAUAUUCGUCAGUAUGACAUCACGGACCGAAGGAAUCCACGUUUGGUGGGCCAGGUGUUUUUGGGUGGGAGUAUUGUAAACGAUGGUCCUGUGAAAGUUCUAGAAGAUGCGGAAUUGACCUCUCAACCACCCCCCAGAAUGGUGCAGGGAAAGAGAAUUGAGGGAUCUCCACAGAUGAUUCAGCUGAGCUUAGAUGGAAAGAGGCUGUAUGUCAGCACUUCCCUUUACAGCGCUUGGGACAAGCAAUUUUACCCCAACCUUGUCAAAACUGGUUCUGUGAUGAUGCAAAUCGAUGUGGACACAAUGAAAGGCGGUCUCACGCUUAAUGAAAACUUCCUGGUUGAUUUCGGAGCGGAACCGGAGGGUCCCGUGCUUGCCCACGAGAUCCGAUAUCCUGGAGGGGACUGUACCUCUGACAUCUGGCUGUGAAAGCAGGAGUUCUGCAUAUCUGCUCAGUCAUCAUUCGCUUGUCACUGGUUAUUUUCACUGCAGUCAGUGCUGCUCUCUCAAUAUAGAACAAAUGUUUUACGUUCUUGUCACAGUUAACAUCACAGUUUAGAAAAAUAUUACUAAUACAUCUAAUAUAACCAAUUAUAAAAAAUGCAUGAUGCAAAUAAACUUUAUUACAGACCAUAUUCUUUUUUUUUUUUUUUAAGGUCGACAAUGUAACAAAAUAUCAAGAGUUCUGCAUCUCUGCUCGCUUAUAGUUCAUGUAUUUUAACUAUAACCGAUACUCCCAAUAUAAAGUAAAAAUUUUAAUAUAGCUUGCUCAUAACUGCAUUAUAGUUUUCGUUACAAUUCAUAAAGUUCUGAGACAAUAUUGAAAGGAAAAAACAAACAAACAAAACAUGCGCAUGAUAAAAACAAACGGUGUCUCUGACCAGUUUUUCACUUUAAUGUAACAACACAGCCAGAUGAGAGUUUUCACUACAUUUUACCAACUUAUAUCACAUUACUCAGUUUUCCUUGGGAACUGUUGCCACGGUCUUUUAUACUCAUACUGCUUUUUCCAGUAAAUGCAGUAAUUAUGAAAUUGAAUUUUUUAAAAAAUAAAGUAUGAUUUUUAUGAAUAAAAGAAAAUGAAUUUU